AUGAUUACCUAUACAUGGAUUCCUUGGUUUACUGGAGUAGUUGCUUUUGUCAUGGCUUAUGGUAUCGGCGCCAACGAUGUCGCCAAUGCCUUUGCUACGUCGGUCGGUGCUAAGGCUAUUACUUUAAAACAAGCCUUGCUGAUCGCUGCUUUUAUGGAGUUCUUUGGAGCUACGCUCAUGGGUUCUCACGUCACAGAUACUAUCGCCAAGGGAAUUAUUGAUGCUGAGCUCUUUACGGAGGAGCCCGAGAUUCUGAUGGUUGCCGAGAUGUGUGCGUUGAUGUCGGCCUCUGUCUGGCUUCUUCUCGCCACGAUUUGGGGACUUCCUGUGUCGACCACUCACUCUAUUAUUGGUGCUCUGGUACAGUCCGUGCUUUCUGGAAUCCUCACCUUCCUGCUGUUCCUCUUCGUCCGUAACUGCAUUCUCCGUGCGAAGGAGUCGUUCGAGCGUGCCCUCAAGUUCUACCCUAUCAUGGUCGGUGUGACUUUUGCCGUGAACAUUUUCUUCAUCAUCUACAAGGGCUCUCCUCAGCUCAAUCUGGACGAAACUCCUCUCUGGUUGGGUCUGCUCAUCUCUGUGGUGCUGGGCGUUAUCAUUUCGGUCGUCCUCACCUUCACCAUGGUUCCUUGCCUGCGCAAGCGUUCUCUCAAGAUCCAGACCGAGGAGGACAACGCCAAGGCUCAGCCUACCAAGUCCGUGUCUGCGAACCCCGACGCUCCGAUGGCUGCUGCCAACACGGCCGUGACUGUCAGUGUGCCUGUGGAGGAGACCAAGAAGGAGACCAAGGCCACGAAGGAUGCUCUGGGUGUGCUGAACCAGGACGUGCAUGCGGAGCUGAAGGAUGAGGAGUCGCAGGUGUACAAGAUGCACAAGAACGCUGAGAAGUUCGAUGCUCGCACGGAGCACGUGUUCACCUUCGUCCAGGUCGUUACCGCCACCUUCGAUUCGUUCUCGCACGGUGCCAAUGAUGUCGCCAACUCGAUUGGUCCCUUCGCUGGAGUCGUUUCCAUUUACGUGAACCGCGGAAUCUCGGACAAGUCCGAAGUGCCCAUUUGGAUUCUGAUUCUGGGAGGUGCUGGUAUCGUGGCCGGUCUGGCGACGCUCGGAUACAAGAUUAUCGCUUCCAUCGGAGUCAACCUGGUCCGUGUCACUCCUUCGCGUGGAUUCACCAUUGAGCUGGGAGCCGCCAUCGUGGUGCUGAUCGGAUCGCGUCUGGGAAUUCCUCUGUCGACCACGCAUUGCCAGGUGGGAUCGACGGUGGGUGUCGGUAUUCUGGAGGGCAAGAAGGGUAUCAAUUGGAAGCUUUUCUUGGAGGUUUUCGUUGGUUGGGUGUUGACUCUGGUUGUGGCCGCUCUGAUGGCUGCUGGGUUCCUCUGGUUCGCCAUGGGAACCCCUACUAUGCUCGUUCCCUUUAAGUAAUGUUUACAUUCUAU